CCGAGCCGAGGCGGCGGUACCGGGGGCGGGCUCUCUCCGCGCUGGCCGCCGGGGCGGCCCGGCCGAGGGCGAAGCGGGCGCAGGACGAGCGGAGAGGAGCAGCCCCGCCGGCCCUGCUCGGGGGCUGCCCGCGGAGGGCGCCGCGGCGUUUCUUCGAAUGCAAUGACUCAGCAGCUACAGGAUGAAUUUGACAGUAGCGUGGAGAAUGCAGAAGCUUGGAUGAAGGCCAUCCAAGAGAGACUGAGGAUCAAUGACAACACCAAGGGACCUCGAUCUGCCCUAGAAGCCAGACUAAGAGAGACAGAGAAAAUAUGUGCUCUGGAACCAGAAGGCAGCUUGAAAAUAGACCUGAUUCUUGUGAAGGCAGAUGCUGCUCUUCGUAGCAUCAGUGAGGAUAAGAAGCAUGAAGUAUUAUCUAAAUUGAGACACAUUAAAGCCUUGUGGGAAGAGACAGCCAUAUACAUCACUCAUUGUCACAGCCGCAUUGAAUGGGUCUGGCUGCACUGGAGUGAGUACCUGAAAGCCCAGGAUGAGUUUUAUGCAUGGAUUCACAACAUGAGGGUGACCUUGGAGCCUGACAUUGAGUUGCAGCUUGGCUUAAAGGAGAAGCAGUGGCAGCUGAGCCAUGCCCAGGUUCUGCUGAAUGAUGUCUUAAAUCAGUCAGUUUUGCUGGAAAGACUGCUAGAAGAAGCUGCUUCCUUGUUCAACAGGAUAGGUGACCCCAGCGUUGAUGAGGAUGUUCAGAAGAAAAUGAGGGUGGAAUAUGAAGGAAUCAAGGAAGAAGCCCAGAGCAGAGUGAAACUGCUUGAAAAGAUAACCAACGAGCACGAGCGGUACAGCACAGACGUCAACCAGUUUCAAUCGUGGCUGAAUGGUGUGACAGAAAGAUUAAACUGCUGCAUUGGGGAAGCAACCAAGUCUUCAGCAGAGGACAAGCUAAAGGCACUGAAGGAAAUUACCAAAGACAUCAGGAGUGGUGGGAAGAAAUGGAAGUACCUUGAAAAUCAAUGUGCAGAGGUGAUUCAGAAUACCUCCCCACUGGGAGCUGAGAGAAUGAAGGAUGAACUUGAAGAGCUGAAAAAAGCCCUGGAGAAGUUGAAACUGCUGAGCAGUGAGGAGGAGGAAAGAUUGCUCAAGAUCCAACAGUCAGAAAGUGCCUACAAGUCCCAGGUCAGACAAUUAGAAGCAGAUAUCCAGGAAUUCAAAAAAGACCUACAGAAACUAGAAAAUGACCUGAACUCUGGGGAAAGGGAAAAGACUGAAGAUGCGUUUGUAGCUCAGUGGAGAAAAUGCAAUGCAACAAGAGCAGUUCUGGCUGCAGAAGAAUCGAAGAUUGAGAGGCUGAAGGCUCAGCUUAAGGAUCUGCUACAGUUUUCCCAAGAUGUGCAGCCACACACUGAGAGUGUUGUCUCUGCCAUACGGGACUAUCAAAGUGUUAGAAGGAAGACAUCUAAAUUGAGUACUGACGUAGAAACUCAACUGAGGAAAGUCUUCCAAAAUCCCGUGCAAGAUUUUGAACAGUGGAAGCCAUCCGUCCAGAUGCUCCUGGAGUCUCCAGAGCCAUCACUGGCUCAGAUUGAGGUUGCUCUAGCUGAAAGCUCCCAGUUCAAAGAAACGUUGAUGACGUUACAGUUGAAGAAAGAUUUGCUAAACAGUAUCUUUGGUGAGGAAAAUGCUAAAUCUUUCCUGUCAGAAGUAGCUGAAGCUUCAAAGGAGAGAGCAAUACUACACAAACGUCUGUUACAAACCAAAAGCAAACUCCAGAAUUUGAUAUCACAACAUGAGGACUUUGAUGUUGAUUUUGCACCUUUGCAGAUGAAAUUAUCUGCCAUCAAAGCCAAAUUAGAUCUGCAGCAUGAACAACAGCCAGACCUCUUGGGUAAAAAGACACAGCUCCAGAGACUCCAGAUGAUCCAAGAUGACUUGGCAGAGCUUGCAAUUCAAAUGGAAGAGGUAGAGAUCCUGGUUCAGUCAAACCCGACACAGAAGCAUGAAAUGGAUCAACUUUCAUCUGAUGCUCAAGCCAUAGAAAGAUCACUGAAGAUGAUGAUCCAGCAGACUGAAGACCAUGUUCAGAAGCACUGGGCAUUUAAUGACAAACUCUCUGACCUCCAGCAGUGGAUCACAGCAACCACAGGGAAGAUCAGCUCCUACCAGGGUGCUGCUGGAGAGCAGAGUACUGAGAGCAGGAUGGCAGACCUUGAGAGAUGGAUAGCAGAGUUUCCAGAUAAGGAGAUCCAGCUGUACCUUGUAGAAGCUCAUGGCCAGCCGGUCAUGGAGAAUUCUUCCCCAGAGGAGACCGCCCAUAUCCAGGCUGAGCUGGAUCAGCUGAAGGAGUCUUGGAGAUCACUGAAAAAAAUGACAGCUGGUAUUCUCAAAAGGCGGCGGUUAAAUAGACCAGUGGCUGAUAAGAAGAAGAAGAAAAUAGCAUCUGUGGACAGCAAACACAUGUCAGGACCUGCAUCCCGUCUUUUAGAUCCCACCUAUAAGCAGGAGAGGAUAGGAGAAGGACAAAAUACAAGUAGCCACCUUGCGCUCCUACAUGACUUUGAAGAGUGGUUACAAGGAGAAAACAUCAAACUGUUCAAAAUUCUUGCUGCAACUUCAUCUUCCACAGAGGAAAUCAAGGCACGCCGUAACAAACUGGAGAAACUGCAGGCUCGUGUGCCUGAUGGUCAGCAUCGCUUUGAGGACCUUCUUCAUCUUCGUGCUGUCAUUGGUGACUCUGAAGGUCUGGAGGACCUGCGUUACCGAUGGAUGCUUUACAAAUCUCACCUGAAAGAUUACACGAGUUUGCCGAGUUUGAGAUCUUCAGAAGAACCAGACAGAUUCAGAAAGGAAACUGCUCGGAGUGGCUGAUCUUGGGAGCUGGUAUCUGCAGAAAGGACACCUGGCUGGGGACUGCUUCACUGUACUUGAAAUAUCCAGUGAGCUGGCAUGCAGUGGGAGGUGGCAAAUGUUUAGGUAUUUUGGACUGAUCUCUGCUUCUACAACAUGAGGUCCCCAGUGACUCUGCUUGUUUUCCAAGUUUGAGUUAAGAAUAUUUUGCAGCAGAAAAAGAUCAACCUGAAAAAUGGGAAGACCCAGAUGCAGCUAGUCUCAUUCCAUUGCCCUCUGGUUUUAUUUCCUUUUCUAGCCUGCACAGCAAAAUGUUGGCCAGAAUAGAGCCUUCUCCACAUUUAUUAACGGGCUUUUUUCUGAUCAUUCAUCCUUCGCUGAGGACAUGCCCCUAGCCACCAGUGCCCUUAAGGAACAGUAUGGCCUAAUGACUGGGAUGUGAGCAGCUUCUUGUUGAUUAACAAAAAACAGUUGCAGGAAAUUGCACUGGCUGUAGUGAAUUUUUAGCAGGUGCCAGUGACAGGGCAAUGUAGAUGGAUUUUUCUGCAGGGCACCUAGCACAUUCAAGGACGUAAUCAAGCAAAUGCUUAAUAAUAACUAUGAUAAAUGUUACAUUCAAAGGUUGGCUCUGAGUUAACUGAAAAUAUUCCACGGACAUUCUUAACAGAAAUAGGAAGUCAAAAGCUCGUUAUUUACAGGUCUAGGUAGCACUGCUUGAUUUAUUUUCUCAAGUGCUCAGAGUAAUUACACUUCCUUGCUACACAAAAUGAUUCUGGCUUUAUUGUUUGUACAAACAAAAUAAUUAGAAUUCAUUACAUCAGUGGUCAACUAAUUGCUUCCUUUGAGAUUCUGCUAAGAAUAAUCUCCUAUAACACAUGGACAGAAGGAGCCUGUAAUUUAAUCUUAUUUAGAAACACCAUUGAUCUGGAGUCAAUCAAAUUAAUGCAGCCAUUCAGGAAACUGUGCAAAGCAAGAGCUUGCCACAGCUUGUCAGGAAGAAAACAGUAAUGCAUUCUGCUCUGUCCAAGUGUAGAUACAACAGGAAUUCUUCAUGCAGAAACUCAUAUUACAAAAAUACUCAGCAUCAUAUGUACAUGCUUGUCUUAAUGGUGCCUUUCUAUUGAAAGUGCGUGGACUGUUUAUUUUCCUGUAGUCCUGCUGGGUUUUAAUCACUUGAAACCUUCAGUGCAGGUACAUUAUUAUUAAAAUAGAAAAGACUUGGUAAAAAGUAUCUUUUCCUCAGCUUUUCUUAUCUCUUUUGACUAAGGAAAUGUUUUUGUGCUGAACAAAAAAAGGUUAGGUGUCAGCCAAGAUGAAGCCAAAAUGCUUCAAAUUCAGGGCUGUGACGGAGCCAAGAGCUAGAGCCCAGCUUGUCAGUCAGGCACUGAAACUUUGCUGUGACACUUUGCUUUCUCGUUCUCUGAAGAAAUGGCCCACAUUUUUUCCAUCACUGUGUCUAUACAGCUGUACCUGCCUGCUGUAGGAAUUAUAAUAUGGCCCAAACACAGGGAGAGGAGCACCUCACCAUUCAGAUUAACAAUUCCGGUUGGACUAACAUCACUCAGCAGUGGUGUUUGCUCAGAAAGGAAACUUCUUAGGGAGAAGGGGAAGAAAAAAAAGGAAAAAAACACCACCAAAAAACUGAAGAAUCCUGACCAUUCCUCUUCCUAACUCUGACCUGCUACUCAGUGUGCUGGCCUAACAACAUCAUCACCUGCUUUCUCCAACAGGUCCACAAGCUUCCCUUCAGGUUACUGUAACUGAGACUGCCUGCUUGCACUUGUUUCUGUAGGUUCUGGGUUUUUCAACAAUCUACACUGCAGACUUUCAUAAAAGCUGGAAAAGAGGGACUCCUUGUUUGCCUCUUGCCUGGUUCUUCCAUUGUGCCAUGCUGAUGCUCUCCCUCUAAAGAGGUGCUGGUACAAGAUGGAGGAGACAUUUUGCUUCCUAGGACGCCUAGUUCUCACCUUAUGUUAACGUUAAUAUAGCUGAAUAUGUGAUUGGUGGCCCCUUCUUUGUUAAAAUGUUGAGUCCUACCACUUUGUGGACUAUUUGCAGAUUUUCACUGAGCAAAUAUCCUAGAAUGAUUUUCUCAGCAGAUAUAAUUUUACUUACUAAUUCAAAGGUAUCAAGGGAGAGAUUUAUUGACAACAGCAGAAUAAAACCAGUUUCCACUAGACACACGAGAAAUAUUUUUAAACUACUGUAAGAAGCACAGUAAGAGAAAUUAUAAUAACAUCUCAAAUUUUUAAAGCAAACAAUCACAUUGUUAAGUGAUUUAAAUAGAAUGCAAAUAAUAUUCAAGCUGUGUAUGAUGACUGAAAUUUAAGAUAAAUUUAAUCUUGAACUGAGGGAAGUCACUGGUAAAGCA